AUGGCUUUCCCUUGCCAUUUGUUGAACUUUUGGAGAAGUCCAAUCCUCUUGUGGCAGCCACAACAGAGGGCUCGAUCCUCAGCUCGACCUCAGCUCGAGACUCAGAUCGAUCGCUCAGGCUCCUCUUCUCGCAAAUCAUCCUCAUGCCCAACUAAUGUGUACACAGGGGGUCUGAAAAUCAAUGUUCUCACCCCUUACAACUGUGGUGAGCUCUGGGUUAGGCAGGAGAAACUUGGAGGGUCCAACCAAUGGAUGUGUGAACUUGAAUUGGAACCUCCCAUCCAACUCCUUGUGCUCAAUGAGGAGGUUGGUCUUGCAAAACUUGAUGUCCAUCCAACCUGGUUCAGUAGCUCUCCUAUCAGUUGGGUUUACUCCAGCAGCACACAAGAUAGGUGUGAUGAGCCCUCCAACACUAAGCUUUCUUCCUCUUUGGUGCCUAGUGUUGUAAGCUGUGAUCUUGUAGGUGAGGAGCUGGUCAAGGAAGGCAUCAAGUUCCCUGUGUCAGACCUAUCUCCCCUUAUCCUCUUGCCAUCCUUGUGCGUGAGAGAAGGGCUUGAUUCCCAUGUCAAGAAACUUGAGUUCCCCCUCGUUGAUUGUCCCGGUGCCUUCCUUGCAAAGAAGGUGUUGGCAAGUGCCUUGUGCACAUAUCUCAAGACUGGGCUCCUGAUCUGA